AUGCGGUCAAGUUUAUAUACUGCAGCGUAUCUAGGGCUUUCAUCCAACUCAGAUGACAGCUUUGAGGAAGAAACUGAAGAGACCAUACCACCUCACUGCCACAUAACCAUACGUUGUACACGAGAAAUAGCUGGUUUUAAUGGAUUAGGUGAAGCUGUGCGGCGCUUGGACUUCCGCAGUUCGGUUCGCGAUCGUCGUCGCUUUCAUUACAUUUGUGCACUAUUACGUCUGUUGGUGGCACACAAAGGCAUUGCCAAUUUAUCGGGCAGCGCACAGCGACAAUUGCUUCAAAUGGUCGAAGAAGUUGCAUCUCAUGUCAAUGAUAGCCAACAACAUUUGAACAUUUUGCGGGGCCUGGCGUUGCAAUUGCAACACAUCGUUUAUCAGGAAAAUCAAAAAUGUUGGGGUAAGCCGUUGGGUAGCACGAACCUAUGGCAAGCUCAUGUCGAGACAAUAAAACGCAUACAAAAUGUUGCUAAUCAAAUACAAAUUAAAGAGCCUGGUCCAGAAAUACGUCCUAAAUUGCAUGAUUUGCCAGAAGAAUGUAUUCGAGAAAUUAUAUUGCGUAUAGCAGAUCAUAGAGAUUUGGAGGCCUCGGCUGAUGCUUGGACCCUUAUGGCAACACUUGUGUCUGAGCAACGAAUUUGGCGUGAACUGACACGAUUUCAUUUUAAUCAAAAACAAAUAAAUACUAUACUCGAUUUAAAUAACUUUAAACUAAUGGGUGAUGUUAAGGACUGGAAAAAAGUCUAUCAUCAAUUGAAACGCACCUAUGGUCUAAAUGACGAUUACCAAUUUGCAGAAAUACUAUCACUAUGUCGUUAUUGCUGCUGUCUAUUUUGGCCUUCAGAUGGUCAUCCUUGCAUUGUAGAUCAGAGUCCCGAUUAUAAGCAACGUUUGGAAGAAGCUGGUGGGCAGCUAGCACUAUCGCAACCAGUACCACCAGCACAAUUUUUAAAAUUUUUUUCAUUGUGAAUUUCUAACUAUAUUUAUUGAAGUAUCUACAAAUAUAAGUUAUUUAUAGUUUUAAGAGAAAAUAAUGAAAUAUUUAUUGUAGAUUUAUUAAAAAUUGAAAAUAAAAUUGUAACUGAACAUGAAAACUAGAAGUGAUAAGAAAUGAAAACUCUGGAAUGUAUGAAAGUAAAAUUGAAUUCUUAAUUUCAUUUAAAUAUAAGUUUUAACAACUAAUAUUUUCUAUUGAUUUAAAAACGUGGCUGAAGCCUGUU